CGCAGUUUGGCCGCAGGUGACCCAGCGCCCACGCCCUCGGGUGCAUCUUGAGCCCUGAUGGGACGCUGGGCCCAGACCGGGGCCGUACGCGUACCGGUGACGAGAGAGACUUCGGCACCCGCCUGGCGACGAACCUGGGGCGGGGCGGGAGCCCCCGGCGCUGGACGGACGGACUGACUGACUGACUGACUGACUGACUGACUGUGGUGCCCCUGUGGCCUGAAUCUGUGCAGCCUGGAAAUAUCAGGAAGACGUGAUUUUUCAAAGCAAAUUAUGAAAACAUUUGUCAUUGGAAUUGGUGGUGUGACAAAUGGUGGAAAGACAACAUUGGCUAAGAAUUUACAGAAACACCUUCCAAACUGCAGCAUCAUAUCUCAGGAUGAUUUCUUUAAGCCAGAAUCUGAAAUAGAGAAAGAUAAAAAUGGAUUUUUACAGUAUGAUGUGCUUGAAGCACUUAACAUGGAAAAAAUGAUGGCAGCCAUUUCUUGCUGGAUGGAGAAUCCAGGACACUCUGUGAAAUCAACAGCUGGCAGCAGCACAGAGGAAGUGUCCAUUUUAAUCAUCGAAGGAUUCCUUCUGUUUAAUUAUAAGCCCCUCGAUACUAUAUGGAAUAGAAGCUAUUUCCUGACCAUCCCAUAUGAAGAGUGUAAGAGGAGAAGGAGCACAAGGGUCUAUGAGCCCCCAGACCCACCUGGGUACUUUGAUGGGCAUGUGUGGCCCAUGUACUUAAAGCACAGACAAGAGAUGGACAACAUUGCCUGGGAGGUUGUGUACCUGGAUGGAACCAAAUCGGAGGAGGACCUGUUUUCAGAAGUAUAUAAAGAUCUCACACAAGAGCUAGCAAAGCAAAGUCCAAGUACUGUCCCAGCAAAGUGGAUGGUGAAGGAUGGACAGCCAGGAAAAUAGUUCAUCAGAUAUGCCAGAAUGGCACACCAAGGGAUUGCAAGGGAUUGUAUUCACUGACUGUUUGCUUUGAGGAUAAUUCAGAAGCUGAAAUUCAGUGUCGGUGUGAAGACUGGAUUAUUUUGUCCCACCCUCCCUCCUUUCCAUCCUCCCUCUCUCCCUCUGUUCUCUCUGUGUCUCUCUCUCUCCCUCC